GACACAUCCCCUUUGCUGAUUCAUUGAUCUGAACUGUUUAAAUAAAGGGAGGGGAAAGAACCCUCCUCAGUUUAGCAGCAACUGGACACAUAAGCACUUCAGCAUCUCUCUGGGACUGUAUCAGACAAUAGGGGUAGGUGACUUCUGGAUUUAUUUUCAAUAACUCUGUUCAUGUUCAAAUUAAUUUUAACACUUCAAAUUCAUUUUACUGGAAAAUAGUCCUCCAUAGCAGUGUUACAAAAAUAAUUAUAGUUGGAUUCAUUACAGUUACCUUUUUUAAACAUUUAUUUGUUUUACCUUAGAAAGUUUGAAAAGUGAGAUAACUUGCUUACAUCGUUCAACAGAGAGAGAAAGCUGUUGCAUUUAUUUUUAUUAUUUUAUUUGCUCUUUCUUGGCUACUUGUUUGUUUUUGUGUCCUUUAUGUACUGUCUUGUUAUCUGUCGUUUAUCAUUCCCACCUUUUGCAUUUUAUUAUUUCCCUUUCUCUCUCAUCCUCCUUAAUCCCAUUUAUAUACAUAUUGUCUUGUAUAAAGCAGGCAGUACACAGGUAACCAGAUAGGAGGCUGUCAUGUAAAACGUCUUUUUAAUAUUUCUGCUCUCUCUACCUCUCCUUAAAUCAAAAUUGUUGGUUGAAUUUACUAGUAUGUCUUGUUAACCCCUUGUACAGCACUGCAGAAUAUGUUUAAAAUAAUAACUAUAGCCCACCUUUUCGGCAGAGCUGUGUAAUGGGUUCUGCCUUUUAUUCUAUCUGUCUCAUACCUUCUCUUUCAUAAACAGUGGGCUACCAGGCAGGGAACAUUACCCCAUAACAUUCUACCAGGGCUGCCAGCCAGGGAACAUUAUCCCAUAAUAUUCUAUCAGGGCUACCAGUCAGGUAACAUUACCCCAUUACCCCACAACAUUGUAUGAGGUAUAUCAGUCAGGAGACAUUACCCCAUAACAUUCUAUGAGGGAUGCCAGUCACUGAACAUUACCCCAUAACAUUCUAUGGGGGUUGCCAGUCAGGGAACAUUACCCAACAACAUUGUAUGGGGUAUAUCAGUCAGUGAACAUUACCCCAUAACAUUCUAUGAGGGUUAUCAAUCAGGGAACAUUACCUCAUUACCCCAUAACAGUCAGAGAACAGAGGGUUAUCAGUCAGUGAACAUUACCCCAUAACAUCUUCAGUGUCCUGACUUCUACAAUAAUCUAAACAUCAUUGUGUAAUGAAGCACAAAUUUAUCUCUGUAUUUAAUUAUUUCUCUUUAUCCUUGUUAUUUCUUUUCAUUUACCUGUGUAAUACACCAUGUAUACUUCUCUUUUAUUCUUCUUUCUCAUUCUGCUUUCUUCUUGUUAUAUAUAGCACACAUGUAUCAGCAUACCGGUAACCAGAUUACGCCAUAUUCAAGCUUCAAGGAACACCUGAACAUGAGUGUAUAUAAUAUUAUUGUUCUCUUCAUCUCUUCAGCCUGUGUCGUUGUUAAUGUUGGCAAUAUGUUCUAUGUAUUAUUAGAUCAGUAAAGUUUAACAUUUCUUCAGACACAAAUAACAGAGAAAUGUAACAAUGCUACUUAAGGCCAAAAAAUUCCUCUGGAAUCCUGUUACUGAACUAUUCAAAAGAGGACAAUAAUGAACUCUACAGCUGUCCUGUCACACACUCACUUCAAUGCCUCAUACAAAUAGUUUACAAGCCAAGCAAAGUCCUUCGUCCAAAACAUUUGGUUUAAGAGCGGAGAUUACAAAUGAAUUAAAAAUAUCUUUGUUGGCUUAUUCCACUUAAAAUGAUUUUGUAUUUGGAAAGCAUUGAAAUCCCUUGGAAAACACAAUAUUAGGCACACAUGAAAAUGUUUAAGACCGGAAAUCCUUCUACAAGUAACUGUCUUCAGUAACUCUAAUAUAGAACAGUGUACAACAUGAGUGUACAUCAAAUGUACGUACAAUGAGAUACAGUACACUGUGUAAUGAGAGGGGGCGGGGCUGUGACCAUUGUAUUAUACAAUCACUUUACAAAAAGGCUGGGACAUGCACAAUAUAAUAAUGCCCUUUUGAUAAGAGGGAUGUGUGACAUUUUACUAAUUGUAGCUCUUUCAUUAACGUUUUUAUUUUGAUGUGAAUUUACACACAGUUCUAAAUUCACUCAAUAUUUAUUACAUUAUAUGCCACUAUGGGGUAAGAAAUAUCCUCUAUCAUUAAUGCACCAACUAGAAAGGAUGCUUGUCUGGACCUGGUUAUAACAAUAACAUGUUGAUCUUUUGGCAAAACAUUCAAGUAGAGGAGCAGUUGGGAAAUAGUGAUCACAAAAUUGUGUUUUUUGAAAUAAACUCAAAAAUGCAAAUGCACAUGGGGUAUACUAAAACAUAUGAUUUUAAAAAGGUCAAUUUCAAUACGAUAAGGGCAGCUUUACAAUAUAUUUGCAGGAAUAACCUCUUUAGUGAUAAAAACACAGAGGAUAAAUGGAAUAUCUUCAAACAAAUAUCAGAAAGGUACAUUUCUCAGUAUAUAUCAUUGGGUAAUACCUAAAUGAGAAACAAAUGAAAACCAAUGUGGCUUAGUGGGAAGGUAAACCAAGAAACUAAGCAUAAGAAAAUGGCAAAUCAGAUGCAUCCUAUAUAAGAUAUAAGGAAGCCAAUAAGGCAUGCAAAAAAACGAUUAAAUGGGUUAAACUAGAAAAUGAGAAAGUGAUAGCCAAAAGAGAGCAAAACCACCCGCCCAAACAUUUUGUUAAAUACAUAAAGUCUAAUAAAAACAAAAAAUGAAAGUGUACAUACACUGAAAACCGAGAUUGGUGUGUUAGUUAAUAAGGACCAAGAAAAGGCAGAAAUUUUAAAUAACCCAGUAUAUGCUAAGGAGGAAGCUACGGCAAGAGAUAUGCAAAUGAUUGCUGCAAAAAAAGUUGCAGAAAAAUAUUGACUGGAUGACUCAUGACAAGGUGCUGCAGCAACUAAAGAAAGUUAAUGUAAAGAAAGCUUUGGGGCCUGACAGUAUUCACCCCUGAGUACUUUAGGAGCUAAGUGUGGAAAUAAGUGAAGCUCUGUUUUUAAUCUUCCAGGAUUCUUUUCUUUCAGGAAUUGUACCUGAGGAUUGGAGGAAGGCAGGUUUUUUUGCUACAUUAAAAGGGUUUCAAACCUUUGCCUGGAAGUCAUAGACCUGUGAGCUUUACUUCUGUGGCUGGGGAAGUACUUGAAUGAUUAUUAAGGGAUAAUACUCAGGAAUUAAUUGUGAAGAACAUUGUUAUUAGCAAUAAACAGUAUGGUUUUAUGAAAGGUAGGUCAUUCAUACUAACUUAAUUGCAUUCUACGAAGAAGUAAGUAGAAGUAUAGAUCAGGGUGUCGCAAUGGAUUUGACCUACUUGGAUUUUGCAAAGGCAUUUGAUGUGGUUCCACACAAUAGGCUAUUGUUCAAACUAAAUGAAACUGGUCUAGAUGAAAAUUCUUGUUCUUGGCCUAAAUAUAGAGUACAGAGAGUGGUCAUUAAUAGUAAAUUUUCAAACUGGACAAAAGUGGUAAGUGGUGUCCCUCAGGGUUCUGGUGUUUGCAGAUGACACAAAACUCUGCAAAGUAAUAAAAUGUGAGCAGGAUAUUACUUUUAUGCAGAGGGAUUUAGAUAGAUUGAGGAGCUGGGCACUCAAAUGGCAGAUAAAAUUCAAUGUAGGUAAAGAUGUUUUUUUUCUUUCUUUUGGAUCAACAGCAAAAACAGAUGUGAGGAAGGCUGACAUUGAAGGACACAUGUCUCUUUUCAGCCAAUGUAACUAUGUAAUAUAUAACAAAAAUUAAAAAAAAAAAUACAAAUAAAAAAAGAAAAGUGCCCCAGAAUUCCUCUUGAUAGCUAACUCUGUAUUGGAGUUCCAUUGAUUGCCAGGGUUAUUGCUCUUUGUAGGUAACUCCAUAGUAGCAUUUCAUUGGUUUCCACAGUGAUUGCUGCAGGUUUGGACAUUUUACAGAUAAGUCUAUAUUGAGCAAUGCAAUUCUUCUCACAAGUGGCAAUGGAAAAGUUAACAUGUUCUUCCAUAUAAGCACUAUAACCACUGCAUGGUAUUGUAGUUGUUAUGGUGAGUUUAGGCCAAGAAUGCUGCCUCAGUUUUACUGGGUCUUAUGGCUCUAAACAUAUGAUCAAUGUGCAAGAUCCUUUUGGAACCUCAUCCCCGACUGAGUAGAUUGCUAAUUUGGAAUUUCCACAAUAGCAACAUCAGUUUCAGCUAUUUUUGGAUUGUUUUCACUGGCACUUUCAGACUAUCACUCACAGCAGCCUACUAGUACCAUAACCACUACAACUACAUGAAGUACUUAUGGUGCUUAGACUGCUCCUUCAAUAACUUGAUGUCAGGGUGGUCUUAGAUCAUGUAACAUGCCAGACAGGAAGCUCAUCUGUUGUUAACUUCACCAUACUCUUUGUUUAAUUCAGUAGUUUUCUAUCUUCAGAGUUCCAAAUUAUAGCUAUGGCCAUUUUUUGAUUUGCAAAACUAGCUCAGAGAACAUUUAAUCACUGCUAUAUAACAUAUAACACAAUACAUCGCAGAAAGGAUGUUUACUAGACACUUCCCAGUGUUAUGGGGAUUUCCUCCGCUGUGGGGAAGGCAAUGCCGCUACAUAAAACAUAAACAGUUUGCUACUCAGUUGCUUGGCGCAUGAAAAAUGUAAUAGGACCAUUUCAACCAGUGAAGUCUUUCCAGGAGUUAAGAACCAAGGAAUUGACUCACCAGUAAAUAUAUACAAAUGAAAAACUUUAUGUUAAAUCUAUGUAGAACAACUUAAAAUAAACUGGUCAUUGGCUCUGCAACUGUGGUGCAUCUUACAGAUGCGAAAGAGCCUUGUUUUAGCACUCAUGAAAAUUAGACAACUCUCUUUCUGUAACUGUUUACUUAAAGAUACUGAAAAUCUGUUCCAUUUGGGCAGCAAAGUAGGUUUGGCAAUCCAAUGAUGCCAUGCUUGUCACAUGACCUGCAAAGCAUGUCUGAUGUUCCCAAUAAAUGACCAUUGCAUUGUUAAAGACUAUUAAAACAACAAAAAAAUAAAGAUAUACCAAAGAUAACUAGCCCAUCCCUAAACUCUACAGCAGUGGUAGUCAACCUUUUUCCACUUACCGCCCACUAAUGCAUCUUUCUUGAUGGAAAAAUUUCCUUACCGCCCACCAGUUUUCGCGCAAGCGCGGAAUAUUUUUUAGAAAGGAGGGUGUUUUAAAAAAUACAUAAAUGAACGUACAUUUAUCUUUUUAUUUCUACUUUAUGCAUGUUUAUAAUGUUUUUAACUUUAUAAAGUUUAAUGAGGAAGCAAUAAAGUAAAUUGAACUUACCUUUACUAGUGAUUAAUGAGAUCCUUGAGGUUGAUGCUGCGAGACUAAAUAUUUGAUAUCUGGUUCGAUUUUCAUAAGGAACAAACGAAGGUCUCCUCUUUCAGUGAUAAUCGGAAGACUUCUUUGUUUGCUCAUAAAAUGAUUUCUCAUCUGUGCGUCAGCUCCCCUCCUCUCCCUCCUCAAUUCCCCUUCCCACCUUUUUCCCCUUUUUUCUAUUUUUUAACCUUCCUUAUAGCAAUGCCCAGUAGGAAGGCUGAGCUAGGUAGCCCACUUACUAUUAUUAGUCAACAACAAUUCUCUCCUUUUCCUUUUCUUUCCUUCUCCUUUUUUACAAGUACUCUACUCCUUCUUUCCUCUAUACUAGAAGUACUCUACUCCUUCUUUCCCCUAUACUAGAAGUACUCUACUCCUUCUUUCCCCUAUACUAGAAGUACUCUACUCCUUCUUUCUCCUAUUCUACAAGUACUCUGCACCUUCUUUCUUCUAUUCUACAAGUACUCUGCUCACAGGCAAACACAUACACACACACACACACACUCACAUUGAAACACAUACACACAAAUAUACACAUACUCACACAUGCACUUACAGACACUCACACAUGCACAGACAGACCCACAGACACACACACACUGACACACACACAUACACUUACAGACAGACACAUACACUUACAGACAGACACAUACACUUACAGACAGACACAUACACUUACAGACAGACACACACAUACACUUACAGACACAGACACACACAUACACUUACAGACACAGACACACACAUACACUUACAGACACAGACACACACAUACACUUACAGACACACACACAUACACUUACAGACACACACACAUACACUUACAGACACACACACAUACACUUAGAGACAAACACAUGUACACACAAAUUAUUAAUAUUAAAUAUCCACCCAGCCUCCCUACCUGGAGAGCUGGUGUGGAUCUGUCCCUGGGGUCCAGUGGGGCUUCACUUAGGCGGGCGGCUAAUCAGACGCAGCGAGGGAGCUCUAACCUCUCUGCUCUGCUCCCUCGCGGACUGUCUACGGAUGCCGGGAGCCGGAAUAUGACAUCAUAUUCCGGCUCCCGCGGCAUCAGCAAACAUCGCGCGAGGGAGCAGAGCAGAGAGGUUAGAGCUCCCUCGCCGCGACUGAUUAGAACGCUGCCAUGCCGGGGGGUCCAGAAGGUGGCCUGGCAGGAGGGAGCGCUUCCUCCUGCCGGUCACUGAAGACUUGCGCAUGCAGAGCCGCUCGCGCCCGCCCAAAAGGAGAAAUCCUCUUAAAAAGAGGAUUUAGCCUCAGAAAUCCCUACCGCCCACCUGGAAUCCUAAAACGCCCACUAGUGGGCGGUAGGGACCAGGUUGACGACCCAUGCUCUACAGGAAGAGGACCAUGGAUUCAUUUUAUAUGAAUUCAUGAUACUUGUUGGCAAUGUAAGUGUUUUUUUUGGAAUCCUGUGUGUCUUAAGACAGCUUCCCAUACUUUGUGUAAUCGUUCUAUUUUGGACAUGAGACAUUCUUUAUAUACAGUUGCGUGCACACACACCAUAUGUAUGUGUAAUUCACUUUCUAUAAAUGUUGACUUUUAUAGUUUUAUAGUUGUUUUCAUGAUUAACGGAGGAGCCUGUCUCUUGUGGUUAUUCCUUAAAGUGAGAAUUCAAAGUGAUUUUCAAAUUUAAUUCCAAAAUAGUCAAAUUGCAGAAAUUCUCUGUCAGUUAUCUUUCCAGUUCCGUUACUUUUGUCUUAAAUGUAAAAAUAAUUUUGAAUUCUCACUUUAGGAAAUAACCCUAAAAAAAUAACCCUGUCUGUCUGUAAUUUUAGGGGCUUAUAAACUUACCAGAUACCUCCACAUUUCACUCUAUCCACAUAAUUCAUUUAAAAUGAGCUAUCUCCACAUCAACUGCUGCUGUUAUAUAGUCUCCAUUUAUUAGGGCUAGGCGAUUUUAAUGUCACAAAGUCUUAGUGCUAUCAGUGUGCUAUAAUAAGACAGGAAACCCAAAUACACACACUGGCAUGGGAAUAAUGUUGCAGACAUCGUAAUAGCAUGUCACUGAUAUAUCUGAAUGCAGGUAUUUUUACAAUGAAGGACCCAAGUAUACAUGCAAAUGCAAAUACUGUCAUACAAUCUGUGUGGGAUAUAGGUUUGUCUCUACAUAUAAAUCUACUUUUUAAGGAUUAGGUACCCAAAAGAUGUGUGCAUGGCUUAUGCUGGCAAUGUAAUGGGGGUUAUUAACUAAACAGUGAAUUGUAGUGUAAGGUAAACCAAAUCACAAAAUAGUUUAUUCCAGUUUAAAUUAAAGUUUGCAUUUCAAUUCACUACAGUUAGCUGUUUAGUCAAUACACCCCUAUACAUGCUACCAGUUUUCUUGCAGCGAUGUGGAUAGACUGGCCAAGGAUGGAACGUCUGUGUUAUGUGCCAUUAUGGUCAUUUACUAUGUAACCUUUAUCGGUUCCCAUUGAGAAGAAAAGAUAAUUGCAGUAGUCAGUUGCUGGCUGAAACUCUUUCUCAGACUGCAUCAGGAAGUUAGCAUAGCUGCUGGACCCUUAGGAUGGGAGGGCAUAUGAGGAUAAGAGGCUGCUGCCUGGAUUACUGCAUUUUGAUUCUUUCUUACUGUUCACACUGGGAUCUUACAGCAAGAAAAAAAAAAACACACUGGUUUAAUUGUGCGUUUCAAAGCUAUGAAUCUAAAAAAAACAUGUUGUACUGGUAGCGCUAAGUAGUAUUGUACAAAAUCGAAUUUACUGUGUCGUGUUUGCCGUGCUCGAAGAUUCCAGAAACAUAGUUUAGGAGUAAACUCUCAUAUGGGAAAAAAAAUGUGUGAUGCAUGUAUAUGUAUGCGUGUAUGUAUGUGUGUGUGUGUACGUCUAAAUGGUACAUUACCCAGACAGAUACUGGAAAAUUCCUCUGCUGCAUUUCAAAAAGCAGGGGAACUCAAGUAAUAUGUGGUCAGGAAGGUCUUUUUAUAUAUACACAUAAACUGAAUUUCAAGAGUAUGUUAAAAUGAAAAUAUACAUUUGCUGACAUUGCUUUUAUCCAUUCUUUUAUCUUAGGAAUGAUUGUGUCCCUCUACAUACUAUCUUAAAACCUUAUGUAAUAAGCAAUGGACGACAACUACAAAUCUUAGAAUGCUAAGGGUGUCAGUACAAACAGCUAGGCUGCUUCCAAAGCUAUCAGGGGCUCCAUUAUUGAUCAACUAACAUGACCCACUCUACACAGGUUCCCAAACCAACAUUAUCGACACACAAUCGCAGAUAUACAUUGCCAUACAAAUACACACAAACACACUCAGGCAGACAGCCACACUCACACAGAUACCACUCCCAGACACACACCAAUAAACAGUGCUGAAUACACACUGUCAGACCUUCAACAUACACACAUGUUGCCAAAUACACACACAGCAUUAUAACACCCAUCCACCCACCCUAUAAACAUACUCACAUUGCCAGACACACAAUCACAUGAAAAUACUGGCUAUAUUACAUUACAUUAAUGUUUAUAUGUUAGAAUCUUUACCCCACUGUAUUGCGGCUCUGCCGCGAUCCAGUGGGUACAUUCUGUACUUGUACAGCUUCCUCAUUACUCCUGCAUGGCCUAUUAGAGCUAUGAAGAAGUGAUCUGAAUGUCACAUCUUUCCAGUACCGUUUUUACACAUGGAAAUGCUGGGCAGUUGCCCAGGGGCCCCACCGCAAUUGCCAUGAGCCAAGGCCAACAGGGGAUAUCCUUUCAUUUCCCCUGCCGGCCCAUGCCGAGCUGGUCUCGCUAUCUGCCUUUUCAACCAAAGAGCUUCUCUGUCGGCCUUGGCCCAUGACCAUCGUGCUGGGGCCCUUAUGCUUGUGAACCCCCCAGGCAACUGCCCAGCAUGCCCAUGAGUAAAGAUGUAUUCAUUUUAUCGGUAGCUUACAUUUUUAUUCUCAUGAGUGGUUGUGUAGGCACAGCCCCAGUGCACUGCUUUGCCCUGGGGCUUAUAAUGAUGUUAAAACCACCCUACCAAGUGCUGCUACUCAAGAGCAAAGUGUAUUCAGGUAAGGUGCUCUCUCUGUCAAAUAUCUGUAGUGUGAUCUGGUUAGGAGAGCAUCCAAUUGGACCAAAUGACAUUGCAGGACCCCAUGCAGGCUCCAAUGCACUACAUGGCCCCUUAAGCAAGUACUGGUUGUAUCUACUGACUUUUUAAUUAAAAGAAAAGAAAAAGAAACUAUGAACAAUUUAUAUUUUAACUGUAAUUUCAGUGAGCAUAAUAAAAAACUGUACCUGGAUACACAGAUUCUAGCAUUGUCGAUGCAAAUACACACAUAACACAGAGACACACGUUUGCCAUAGUCCAAAUUGCCAACAGUAGUAGAUGUCUAGAAAACAACAUCUACUUCUCCCAAACUUUAUUAAAAACAGGAGCAGUUUAUCUGCCUGGCUGCUUACCACUGGAGAACAGAAUUAAAUUAAGACGCUGGCGUUAUGCUUGGCAGUCACAUCUGUCUUCGUUAUAACAACUGAUCCAAGAUCAUUCAGAGACACUGGAAUAGAUCCGGGCAGACAGAGCAGUAGACGAUGCUUACUCCCUCACUCUGGGUCGAUUGCUGACAUGAGCACAUAUUUUGAAUGAUGAAACGGGCAUUACAAACCUCUGAGAGAUUAACCACUGUAUUUAUCACAUAUGAUUAGAGUUUGGUCAAGUCUACCACCUAGAAAGUAAAACACCCAUAAACUAAUAAUUUCUCAUACCAAAAAGAGACAAUAAAAGGACACUCUAGGCACCAACAAAAGUUAAGUGCAUGCAAUAGCUUUUGACCUCAUACGUAUUUUGUGUUUCUGUUAUUUUGUGUUUUCACAUUCCUUUGAAAUUUUAUAUUUUACACAAAUUGGAGUUUUUUCCGGCUCUGUUGUUUUUGCUCUAGGCUUGUAAGUCAUUUUCCAAAUCAUCACAACAAUCUGUCCAGCUUUAACACAUGCAGUUAUAGAACUAUGAAUUUAUAUAUUUUUUAAUUUUAGUGUGUUGAUUGUUGUAUGUAUUCACUUACAGGUGUGGACUGACCACUCAGUCACAUUGGUUACAGACUGAGGACCAGGCUGAACAGCCAUGCUCUCUGUCUGAGGAGAGAUCACCACAGCCAGAACUCCAUUGUUUUACACACAUUUCAGUGAUAAGUUGAUGGACCCCUGCAGCCUAUCAACAUGCAGGUGACGUCCACCUUCUCUGUGAGACCAGGCAGUGAUCCCAGGAUCCAUCUCAAUCCCCCUGCACCCACCACAACCCCUAUGGCUCACUUGUACCCACCACAGUUCCUAUGCCCCUCCGGCACCAACAACAGCCCAUAUAUCUUCCUGUACCUACCUCAGCCUCUAUUCCUCCAUGUACCUACCUCACCAACUACAGCCCAUAUACCCCCCUGUACUCACCACAGCCCACAUUCCUCCCUGCACCCACCUCAGUCCCUGUGCACCCACCAAAACUCCUAUGACCCACUGCACCGACCACAGCCCCAGUGCCCCCUGCAUCCACCACAGCCCCUAUGCCCCUCCUGCACACUCAUCAGCCCCCAUGCCCUCCUGCAGCCCCAACAGCCAUUUUGCCUUCAUGCACCCACCUCAGCCUUUGUCCCUCCCUGUAUACACUAAAGCCACCAGAGACCCUCUUACUAUCUACACCCACCUUAGUCGCUAUCCCUCCCUGUACCUACAUAACCAUUAGAUCUCUUAUGACCCCCUGCUCCCACUACCGUCCUCAUCCCUCGCUGCACCCACCUCAGAUUGUAUCCAUCCCUGUAUCCAUCUUAAUUCCCCUUUGCACCCACCACAACCCCUAUGGCUCACUUGCACCCACCACAGUUCCAAUGCCCCUUCUGCACCAACAACAGCCUCUAUGUCACCUGUACACACUACAUCCCCCAUCCCGCCCUACACCUACCACAGCCUCUAUCUAAUAUUUCAAGUGGACAAAGAGGAGAACUUUGAGUGGGAUUGUGGUCAUGACAGGGUUUUUCCGUGAGAUAUUUUAGAAAUUGUUGAAUUACUAACACAAUUGAUGUAAAUGAAUUUAGAACAAGGACAAUCUUUUUUACACAAACUGAUUUCUAAACACAUUUAUAGUAUUUUAAGAGCACACUACUGUAGUAUGUUUGCUGUGGAACUCUGAUAUGUGUGGUGCCUACACAUUUCUACAUGAAACUAAAUUCAGGGUUUAAAAGAAUAAUCACCUUUAGAAAGCACAGUAAAAUCUUAACAAAAACCUGCAAAAUAUGUAAAACAGAAAAUAAGAAAUAAUAGCAGCUAAAGUAUAAGAAUUUUUGCCCGGUAUGUCUGAUGAAAUCAAUAAAUAAAUGGAAUUCGUCAUGUUUUAUAAAUCCAGACACAAGAAUACUGAGCUCCUAUAAAAGAGGGAAAUUAGGACAUUUGGGAAGUAUGUGGCAAUGGUAAGGGAGGCAUGCUGGAAAGUCUCUAUUUGUUUAGCUUCUCUGUCCAACAUUUUGGUGCCUGGAUCCCUCUCUCCACUGUUCCAGUGUGGUAAGCAGAUUUCUUGUUUUUUUCACCUGGCAGUGAUCAGCGUAGGUCCAUCUGCACCAGGCUGAACUGAGAAUACAAAGUAGUACUGGAGAAAGUUGAAGACCAACCUAUAUUGUAGAUUUUACACAACCAAGUUCACCGAUUUAGCUCUGCGACAGGGAGGAGAGAUGCAUGCUAUGUAUGCAGUGAGCACACUGGAAGAAACAGUUUUGACUCCCUAUUUGACAGCUCUGAGGGUCAGGCUUAUUAUGUGUGGAUGUUACAUAUCACUGUAGCUCUAAGUCACUCUCAGAGCUAAAACUGGUGGAUGCUACACUCUAUACCAUUAACUUUGCAAUAAUGCUAAUUAGUUGCAGUGCACAUGAUUCACUGCAUUUUCUUUAGGAACCCAUCUCUGACUUUCUCUCCCAGCAUGUCUCACUACCUGCAAGGUCCUCUGUACCAGGAGUAGGCGCAGUUUGGCGCUCCAGAUGUUUUGGACUACAUCUCCCCCAAUGCUAUAUCAGCAUUAUGUUUGUAAGAGCAUUAUGGGAGAUUUAGUCCACAACAUCUGGAGUGCCGAAGGUUGCCUACCGCACCUUUAUAGGCUGUCCUAAGAUGUCACGGUGAGUGUAAUAUUCUCACUGCGGUCUGGCUCUGACCUGGGUGUCACUCCCCGGACUCAGCUGCAAUACCGGAAGAUAAUCUGAUCCCCUGAACAGUGUUACAUACAUUAAAAGCGCCCUAACUCGGAUAACCUGGAAUUAUACAUAAAAUAUGCAAAAGACAAACGAGGAAAAGAUUGCAGAGUGCACCAAUGUUAUUCUGUGGGUUGUUCUCGUGGCUUGACAAGGAGGUUCCAUUGGUGUUUCCUUUCCUCUUUUCCAUCUCUUAUUAAACUUCUUCUUGACUACAUAUACAAGAGAAUUUGGGUUAAAAAAAAAAAAAAAGUAUCUGGAGCUGUGUACCUGGUACAGCUAAUCCUCAUCAUGAGCAGCUGGACGGCUGAGCUCACAUCUAUUUUUAUCUUAAAAGAAUAUGGAUAAUUUUAUUUAAAAAACUAAUUGGCAGCUUGAGCUAAAGCACCGCAUGGUUUUAAUCAGCCUAGCCUGAACGUAUCUGACUCCCUUUGGCUUGUUUUACACGGGUUUAUACAAUAGAAACAUUAUAACUACAAUUUCCUAAUGUUCACCAAAUGCGCUGAGAGAUGAAUAAUCAGUGUGAGGUUCCAUGGCCAACGAUGCAGAAUGAAGAUAUCUCCAGCAAAUAAAACAAUACAACAGGGCAUCCCCAGUAAACGUGGCACUUGUUAAGAGACCAGAAACAAACAACUGUAACCAAAACCAGGCAGGAAAAAUAUCCAGUGUCCAGUAAACAACAUUCAUUGAUCUUUGUUACGUUACACUGCUUGGAUCAAGCCUCACCAUCCUAAAUUAUAUCAGAUGAUUUACAAACCUCCCAACACUUCAAAUGGUCAAAGAAGGACACUUCACUUUUAGAGGUUUGAGUGGGGAUGUGACCAGGGGCAAGGCUGUUCUGAGACAUUUUAGGCGACUUAGUAAUAACAAUUUAUGCAACUGCAAUGUAAUUUGGAACAAUAACAAUGUAUCAUAUUGACACAGACACACAUUUAGUGUUUAGUGUAGUGGAAUACUCUGUGGAGGGGAAAAUAAUUAAAAACCCAAUAUUUAGCAGAUGUAUCCCCAAUGAAAACAUGCAUGCAUUUUUUGCUGCAUGUUUUCAUUGGGGGCAUGUCUAAACAAAUUUGCACUUCUCCACUUUUUUUUUAUAAAUGGGUAGCUACUGAUGUCUUAGCGGUCGGCUGACCACUCUAAGCCAAUCAGCAGGGCCCCUGUCUGCUGCUGCCCCAGUCUUACAAUAUAUAAGAUUUCCGUUAAGGGAAGGACAAGGGAGAAGCAGAGCAAUUUCCUCUCGAACACAGACAUAGGGUUUAACCGUUCGUGAGUAGGUUAACUCUUUAUGGUGAGCCAGCAACAAGGACCUCCUGCCACCAUAACAACUUAAUGUUGAUGAAGUUGUAAUGGUGCCCAAACUGGUCCUUUAAUUCUUUGUUUAUAGAGUAAUAUCUGAAAACCAAGGCAAAACAAGACACAAGUUUGAGUUGCCAGACGGAUCAUAUAAAUAUAGCAUUUGUAAAUCAUUAUUUAACCCAUUUAGAAGCAACUUCAAAAAAGCUAGGGAGAAAUUGCACAGUUGCUUUACAAUAUUUUAUACGGCACUAUUUGUCUUUGAAAGUCUUGCAUGCCAGGAGCCACUGGAAUUUCCAAGCCUAGCAAGGACAAAUAAAUAUGAUAAAUGAAAAAUUAUAGUUUCUCUAAACUAUUUAAAGUGCAACUGUCUCUUCUUUGAAAAUUACACAGUUUAAAAAACAUUGCAAAUCACUUAGAACUUGUGUUAACCUUCUUUUUCAUGUGUUUCUGUAUUUUCUUUUAAGUGUGUUAAGUUAACGAGGAGAAGAGAAACAUUCAGCAGUAUUUACCUGUUGUGGUUUAACCCCUUAAGGACACAUGACAUGUCUGACAUGUCAUAAUUCCCUUUUAUUCCAGAAGUUUGGUCCUUAAGGGGUUAAAUUCAGCAGACAGCAAUGUUUUCUCUCAGGUAUGAAGACAAGGAAUGGACACAGCAGAAAUACGAACUCGGAGAGCAGUACUCAUUCACAUAAGUGUAUGACAAAAUACUGCUCCUAAUUUUAAUGGGGAAAACACAGAUCUUAUAACCAAAUUCUGUACACAUCCAAAAAGGGGUUGUCUUCACAUAACACAGUCAUGUCCUGUCAAUUGCAUAUUCAAAGAACGUAAAGCACAUUUGGCAUUAGCUGGUCAAAAGGUGUUACUUGAUUAAACAAACACUUUCCAACAGUCAGAAAGACAAGGAUAUGGAGUGCAGAGCGGGAAACAAGAAGAAGAUACAAAUCAGGAUCACAGGCCAGCUAUUAUAAUAGAGCAUCCUGACAUUACUCAAUCAACUGUGUAGUGUGACACAGGAUAUAAGGGGGAAAGGUGCUCAUUAAUCCAUGUCAUUACCAAAUUAAAAAUUGUCAGUAAUUCAAAUCAAUUUUCAAAUUUAAGGUCAAAGUAGGCGAUGUUGAAAAAUUCUCCUAAUCAACUAUACUUCCAAUCUGACUAGUUUGGCCUUAAAUUCACUUUCAAUUCCUGACAAUUCUCACACUUAAGUAAAUAAACCCUGAUUGCCUAAUUUCUCCUCUUCUCUGAAUACGUUCUCUACUCAUGCAAAGGACUGAGCGUAUAACAAUAACUGGCAGAAAGCCAAGAUGUAAGUGUUAAGUUCCAAGAUAAGGAGGUGUUAAAUUCGAAGUUUAAUGUUACUUUGAUACCUCUCAAGUACAUAUUUAUUAAAUAUAGGGGAACAGUAACCAUAAUAUUAAAAAUCCUUGGAAGGGACAGUCUGCCUUUAAAACAACAAAAUCGUUUAAAAUAUUGACGUUUUAUAAAGGUAUAACAUGCAGCUGUUAUAGUUACAUAAUUAAGUGAUGCAAUAAACCUAUUAUUUCUUUUUAAUAUAUAGUUAUUUGAUAUUGCUUUUCUGAUGAGCACAAGAAGUAGUUACGUAACUAAAAGCCACAAAUGUUGAAUAAAUCCAUUUUUAUUUUCGGAGAGGGGCCCCUUAUAUUAUCUAUUGGCAUUUAAGCCUAUAGUGUGUUUUUUUUAUUAUUAUGGAAUGGUUGGAUGUCAGUAUUAACCCAUGUGGUUACAGAUGCAUGAGCAAAGCGUGUAGUAUGUGUCUUGAAUGCAAUUUCUUUUUGAGAGAGCUAUAUAUGUCAUAUAAGGAUACUUUAAAAGCACAUCUGAAGUCAAUUUUCAUGAUUUUCUUUUUUUUGUGGGUUAAAGGAAAAAAUUAACUGCACCUUUUCUGAGCAAUGUAAUUGUGGUAUAUACAUGAAUUAGAAUGCAAACCCUGUAUUUUGUUUCCCCACAUUAAAGGAGGCAUCAGUCUUAUUGAUUUGAAUUGAGUCACUUCCAAUGAUUUAAUCUCAGAGUAGUCACAGUCCACAAAAAGGUACAUAGUGUCUCUCAAAAUAGUGUGGGUUAAUGAAAAAAAUGCAUGCGCUCCUUUUUAUUACUAUGAAACCUUCUUUCGCCUGCAUUGUAUAAUAUUGUUGGCAACUCAGGAUCAAAUAGCAACUCUCUUCCAAAUCCCCUUAAAGGAACACUCCAAACCCAAUAAAGCACUUCCGAUUGAUAAAGUGCUUUAGGGGUUAACAGAGUGUCUCUUUUUUUAAAUUAAUAGAAGUGCUGAUUCAAAGUGAAAUUGGCACUCUUAUAAGGAUUCUAAGUUGCACUCAGCCCGCUGUCAAUUGUAAAUGGAAAUUACUGAUUGCUUUAUGCUGUAGCACAAAGUGUAAAGCAAUGCCUCUCUAAGACAAGCACUGGAAUCAAUGUUUCUCUUUGAGAAGCAUUGCCAGCACAGCUGCCUGUCUCUCAUUGCUUUUCUAUGAAGGUGGAUAUGAGCUGUGGCGCUUUUGCUGACGGAUUGAAAGUUAAGUAAUCUCUUUACUUUUACAGAAAAAGUAAGGUGGGGGUGUUUAUUUUUAUAUAUAUUUAGGGCAUUGGAAUGUUUAAGGAAAAUAACAUCACUGUAUUUUUAGGGGUAUAUGGAACACAUUUGCAGAAUCAUGAUCACGUCAGUAAUUGAAAUGGUCAUGGUACAAGAAGUCUGUACAGGCAACGUUUCAGGAUGAAAUGCUGCACAUGCAAAGAUAUUGGUGGUGGCAGCUAAAGGUGUACGUCUCCCUCUGGCAGCCUCGUUAGCAUCCGCAAUAAGAGUUAGGUUCAUACUCUGUGACACUCUGUUCAUACUCCAAUAUUGUAUGGGAGAAUAAUUGUGGUUGGAAACUGUUUAAAUUAAUGGUUGGAUAAAACAGAAUACACUUUUAUUUGGUUAUUGCCAAAUAAAACAAAAAUCCUGGCUAAGUUGUUUAUUACAUUUAUAUAAACUGUACCCAAAUCAGCGGUACCCAUUUUAUCAAACAUAUUUAUGCUAUUCAUUGCACUUUUAAAACAAACCUUUUGUGCAUUUCAAGUUGGUAAUGACAUGCUUACAAUGCAAACAGCAAGUAGCAUUAUGGUGUUAAUUACUUUUUUGCAAUGUUAAUAACGUCUUAAAAUGUUAUUUAAAAUUUAAGAAGAAGUAGCUUAGUCAAAGUUCUAACAUUGCUCUCUUUUUUUGUUGUAUAGGUAUCAUGGCGUGGAAAUAUUGCAUCAUUGGAAUUUUCUGUUUUCUUGCUAUACCCUCAAUUUCUGGUCAGUGUCCAGAUGAGUGUAAAUGUGUUAGACCAGGACAAGUAGAAUGUUCUGGAUCAGAUGUCUUGGAAAUUCCUACAUCUAUUCCUCCAAAUAUCAGAAGUCUUCUGAUAAUCAACACAGAAGUUACAGAACUUCAAGAUGGCAUUUUAGAAAACAUGACCGCAUUGCUGAUUCUCAGGAUUGAAAAAAGUGAAUUGUCCACAUUAGGAUCCAAAGCACUCUCCAACUUGAUUUCCCUUCGUUAUCUGAGUUUGCUCAACAAUAGACUGCAAGAGAUACCUGAAUCUCUAUUUGAAGACCUAACAAAAUUAGAAACCCUAAUUUUGGCAAACAACCAAAUUAGUCAGCUUCCUCGUUUGCUGUUUGCUCCUCUAAUUAGUUUGAAAGAACUUCAGUUGCAGGGGAAUAACUUGAGAUCGUUACCCAGUGGAGUUUUUGAUCAUAUGUUUGGACUUGCUAAACUAAAUUUAGCUAAAAACUAUCUUGAACAUCUACCUUCAAAUAUUUUUGAUAAAGCCACUAACCUUCAGACUCUAAGACUGUAUGAAAACUACCUCAAGGACAUUCCAGAUGGAUUAUUGAAUGACCUAAGCAGUCUUCAAGAGGUGGCUUUGCACAGCAACUACAUCAGUCAACUACCAGCCGAUACAUUCUCCAACAACCCAAAUUUACAAAAAAUAUUCAUAUCAAAUAACAAGCUUGUCUCAUUGCCCCAGGGCCUUUUAAUGAACUUACCAGAGCUCUCCAAGCUUACCCUGCAUGGAAAUGCUAUAAAGGAAAUCACAACUGGAGUAUUUGGGGCACUGCCUAAAUUAAAGGAACUUUGGUUAUAUGACAACAAACUAGAAAGACUUGAAGAUUAUGUGUUUAUGAACCUAACUAACACCCAGAUACUCAUUCUAAGCAGGAAUAAAAUCCAGUUCAUCUCCAGUGAUGCUUUUUAUGGAUUAGAUGAUCUCCUAGAAUUGUCUUUGCAUACAAAUGCCUUAACAACUUUGGAACAAGAUGUGUUACGGAGUCUACCUAGGCUACAGACAAUUUCCCUUCAUACCAAUAAAAUCGAGCAUCUGCCUGCAGGUCUGUUUGCAGAUUUGUACAAUUUAGCGACAAUCCAACUGCAAAACAACUCACUGGAAAAUCUCCCAGAGGGUAUUUUUGAUUCUCUGGAAAACUUGAAUGAAGUCAAGCUCUUCUACAACCCAUGGAGGUGUGACAACAAUCUCCGUCCCUUCCAGAAGUGGGUAUCCCAAAACAAGCACAAAGUUGGAAACAACAGUCAGCUAGUUUGUACCAACCCACCUUUCAAGGAUAUGCUGAUUUCUGAUUUAGAUGCACAUCAACUAGAGAUGUCAACUACAGGCGCAGAUAUAAUUCAUUCCACUGUUAUGCCCGACAUAAGUACCACCAUCAGUGAAUUUCCAUUUUCUUCCCAAACACCUAACAAGGUUGAUACCACUUUAAAGUUUAUAGAUGUAACACCAACUGCAGAUGAUAACUUCAUAGAACCAACCAGCAUGCUGUAUGAUGAUGAAUUUGAAGAAGAGCGUGGUGGAAACAGCCUACUAGUUGUUGUGAUUAUAGUCAUAGUUUUGGUUUGCCUAGCUCUCAUAUGCACUGUUAUCGCCUGCAUAGUGUACAACAGGAGGAAGAAGAGCCAAGUAGAGCUUAUGAGAAUGAAACAGCAGAAUGAAGCCUGAGGGCCUGGACUACUUGACGAAUUACAUAACAAUCUUUUACUCCAACUUAGACAAGCAGUCACGCUUGUUAUACAUGUGUCAAGAGUCAUAUACUUGUGCCCUUAUGUAAAACUUUAAGAGUUUUGAAAUAUUGUUUAUCUAAGUGUGGCUCAGCUUAAAUGUGCCCUUUAGUUUGCCUUAUUUUUGUAAUUUACUGUUGGAGAAAAAAAGCAAUAUAUGAAGACAAUAUCCAGAGCCAGAUUACCCAUAAGGUGGCAUAAGUGGCUGCCUAGGGCCCAGGCUAAGACAAGGGCCUGGUGGGCCCCUGUCUUGGCCUGGGACUCUGACUCUGUAUGUAUGGGGUCUAUCUGUGAGCUGUCAUGGAGAUCAACAGAUCUCUUUGUGUGUCUCUGCCCCCGUCAGCAAAGAGUGACCUAUUUCCUUUCUGUGUGGCACUACUAGGAGGAAGUGAUGUCAGUUCACUUUCCGCUGACACAAGAAAUCAUCUGCAGGGGAGGGAAGGGAAAGCCCUGCUGCAUUACCUGCAGUCUAAAGCAGCUCAAUGGACCACAGGGAAGCCACUCUCCUCCAGCACAAAUGUAGGAAAAGAUUAGAGAGACUAAAACAAAGUUCAAUCUGUGUGUGUGUAUGUGUGUGCCAGUCCAUAUAUCUAUGUGACAGUGUGUAUGGCAGCAUGCAUGUGUUUUUGUUUUGUAUGUGUAUCAUAAUGAUCUGUGUAUGUGUGGCAGUGUGUAUCUUUGAGAGGCAUUGUAUAUCUGUUUUUAUAUAUGUGUGGCUGUGUGUAUGUGUGUGUGGCACUGUGUAUCUGUUUUAAUAUGUGUUUCUAUUGGUGGAUCUGUAAGUGUUUCUGUAUGAGGGGGUGUGAGAAUAUAAGGAUCUUUGAAGAUGAGCAUGUCUGCGAAUGUAUGUAUCUAUGUGAGUGCUCUACGAAGGGGCCCCAAUCUGGCAAUCUGUUUAGGACCCUGGGCAACCUUAAUCCAACUCUGGCAAUAUAUAAUAAUAAUGUGCCUCCUUUGAAAGAAAAAUAAAAAAAAAUGGAUUUACAUAGCAUUUUCCACUUCUGCCAGGCAAAGAGCCCAGUGCCUUAAAAUAAAGGAAAAGACACAGUACCUUAAAAUUAAAGGUGAACACCUUAAGGCCUUAGAAACAGAGGCAAACACUCAGUGCCUUAACCCCUUAAGCACACAUGACAUGUGUAACGUCAUGAUUCCCUUUUAUUCCAGAAGUUUGGUCCUUAAGGGGUUAGAAUAAAAUUACCUUGAUGCUGCAUUCAAGAGAAAUAUUUUCUUCCCAUUUAAAGUCAAUUGGAAUAAUAUUUGUCAGCAAAAGAUAUGUUGAAUGUUUUUUUUUCUAUGCAUAUUACCGUAAGGGGCUGCUUACAUCUCCAAAGGAAGUGUUAGAACCUGAGCAACAACUCAAUUGAUGAAAAGCAAUGAUAAAAUUCUAAGCAGAGUUUAGAAAAUGCAAUGUUAGAUGUGUAAGACUUGCACGUUGUGGCCUUGAUGAUAAGGAAACCCUGCUUUAAACAUUUAAUGCUGAAUCCAGGGAAACAUGCUAAUCUUAUUUUGGGGAAAUUUGACCAUGCAGAUGCCAAGAAUUCUACUCAGGCAGAAAGAUCAAAUGCUUUUUGUUAAUGUUGCUGUACUUUUUAGAGCCUUCACAAAUUUGAAAUGGAAACUAUCAGACAAUAUAAAGUUUUAUAGGUCCAGCGUGCGUUUGGGAUAAAUAUACAGGUUUGAUGUAUUUGUAAGAUAAGUGACUUUGUUUCAGAUAAUUAGUAAGAAAUCAUACAGGCAUUUAAAAAGCAGUAUUAUGUAUUAUGCAAGCUUUAUAAUUAACUUAUUAAUAACAUGCUUUAUUUUUUAAUAUGUUCCAUUAUCAGAUAUUUGACUUGGAAUUAGCCAUGGAAUUUUUUUGUACAAGCGAAUUAUUACAAGUUUGCUGAUAACAUUAAAUACGUGUCAGCUUUUUUAUGGUGGCUCGUAAAAAAAUAAAACAAAAUGCAUGACUUCAUCUGGAAACAUAUAGUGCCUCAAACAUCUGUUAGGAGCCGCUCAUGUUACAAAAUAGCUGUAGAUGAAAAGGAGAGGUAUUAUCAGUGCAUUUGCGUAUGCCAAAGACAAUGGACCAUGGCAACAAAGUUAAAUAGCUUGUUCUUUUAAUAAAUCAGAGCUGGGCUCUCACUUCCAGCAAUCAUGGCAUAAAUAAACAUAACCCUGGAAAGGGAAAAUAGAAAUGAGAGUAAAUAAAAUGUUAUGAUCUCUCUCCUCCUGAUCCAGAUUCUCCAUAUUCUAGAAAGGUGUUGGAGAUUUU